AUUGGGUUUGUGUGCUUAUCAUAUCAUUUUAUUGCAUUUAAAACACUGUAGCUUUAAAAUUUUAUACUGUAUACAAUACAACUAAAUGAUUUGAUUUGCCUUUAUUUCUUUUUAAUACUGAGAUAUGAUUUUUUUAGAAACUCAGUCCAGCCCUAAUAGUUCCAAUUUAAAAACAGAGGAGAAUAAGGAGCUCCCAUCUGAUGUCUUUACACAUUUGACAGAAAACGCAUACGACAUAGAGAAUCCACCAGCUCGUCUAACAGUCUGGGAUUUUGGAGGUCAAAGUGUGUAUUACAACACCCACCACACCUUCCUUUCUUCCAGAGCUAUUUACAUUCUUGCCAUUGAUAUGAGCCUUGAUUUAACAGACAGGCUAGAAGACCAAUGGCAUAGUGCUGAACAAUUCUCUGGAACUGUUCUUGAUUAUACUGUUUAUUGGAUUGACACAAUCCAUACUUAUGCAUCACAGCAAGACAAAAGUGAAGAUGGAGUAUCAUCCCCCCGAAUAAUCAUCGUUUGCACACAUAAAGACAAAUACCUUGAAAAUGUUCCCAAAGAAAGGCAUGAAGAAAAAAUAAAUGCAUACUUUUCUACAUUGCGGCAGCAUAUACAACAGAAGAGGAGUGGUGUGCAUGUUGAUCCAUGUUUUUUUGCAAUUGACAACACAUGUCAGGAUGAAGAUCAUGAAAUAACUGAUCUUCGUCGAUAUGUUAUGAAAAUUGCUGAAAGCCAAAAAUCUUGGGGAGAGAAGAACCCAAUAAGAUGGAGUAGAUUAGAAGAUGAGCUCGAGCUUCGUCAACCACCUGAGAAACGAAAAAAAAAGUUGAUUCAGUAUGGGGAGCUGAAAAAGUUAGCUCUUGAAGGUGGAAUGCAGGAUGAAAAUGAGCUGAAUUCAUUCCUCCUGUUCCAUCAUGACAUUGGAGAUCUGUUGCACCCUCAGAGAUUUGGAGAUCUGUUGCACUCUCAGACAGUUGAUCUCUCAGACAUUGUCAUUUUGAAUCCAUGGUGGCUGAUAGACACAUUCAAGUCUAUUAUUACGGUUGAUAAACACCAUGUCAAAACCAAAGGGUCUCUGUAUUGGUUUGCAUUAAAGAGGGGCAUCCUAGAUGAAAGACUUUUGGAUGAGCUAUGGGGAGAUGACAGUGAGUUGAAGCCCAUAUUAAUCAGUGCAAUGGUAAAAUUCAACAUUCUGUUAGAACAGAACCUCAGUACAACAGAAGAGCCUACUUGUCGACAGUUCUAUGUGCCCACCUUACUCCCGAUAUACAAGAACCCAGCAUCUGUGGUUGGUAGUGAAGACACACUAUUCAUACAAGGAAAAGAUAACUUUAUGCCACAUGUGCUAUUUAACCGGCUCACAGUGAAAUUAGUCCAAAAUAGCACAUCAACUGGUAGGAAAGUUUUACGAAGAAGACGUGACUUUUUUCUCUUCAAAAAUGAGCUGUACUAUGAUUAUGCUGUAUUUGCAAUCGAUCCACUGAGAGGUGCGCGCUGUGCAUUGAGAAAGUCAAUAGAUUCCUCUUGCAUUGAACUUAUUCCCUUAUAUCCCCCAGGAGCUAAGUUUGACGCAACAAUCCAAGGGGCAUAUGAUAAGUUUAAGGGCCAUGUUGUAACCGUACUUCAAGAGCUUAUGAAAUCUAUCUGCCCACAUUUGCAGCUUGAAUGGUGUGUCAGAGAUCCGAGAAAUCCAAAGAAGCUAAUGGCAAUAGAUCCGAAGGAGACUGAUCUCACAGCAUCCGGGUUACCAGAGGAUUCAGUGUACAGACUAUGGUUUAUGCCAAGCUCUAGUGAGAAGGUGCAUGGUGCUUCUCCAUCUGCUGUGAGAUCAUCAAGUGAUGCUGGAGAUGCCAUUGAAACAGCAUGUAAGGGAUUUCCACGUGAACCUGGUAUUGUAACUGUCUUCCCAGCAUGCAAAGCAAAUGAGCAUUACCCACCGUUUAUUGCAGUGCUAGUGAGCAUUGAAUUUUGUGGAAAUAAAGUCACAGAAUAUGAGGGAUUCACUGUCAAUUACUACUCCUGGGACAUGCCAGAUAUGGAAGCACAGAUAGCCAUUUUCUCCCAAGAAGCUGAAGAGAAUCCAAUUCCACCUGAAAAGUCUACUGAAUUUGGACAAGUCAUACAAAGAGUUUCACAAGGUCUCUUUGCCAAUCAUAGAAACCUAACAAUUAUUUCAGCAUCUCCUGUUAAAGUGACAGGAGGUAAAAUAUCAUGCAUGCCAUGUAUAGUAUUGUAUUGUCACACAAAAGGUGUGGUACCACUUGGCGAGUCACUAUUUCCAGAGUCAAUUGAAGGUUUUCCUGUAGAUGUACGUGAAGGUUAUGUUUUGUUGUCCAUGAACAACGGUCAGUCACAAAAUCCAGCUGUGCACUUAGGUCAAAGUGCUACUUUUUACAGUGACCCAUUGAGGAUGGGAUGCAGUAUUGGACGGAGAGGUUUGAACUUGACAGGGACGUUAGGAAUGUUUGUAGAACAUGGGGGGUCAACAUGUUUCCUCACAUGCUCCCACGUGUUAGGCAUCCCACCACCUGCCAUAGAUACUGAAGUCUGUCAACCUUCUGAUGCAGAUCAAGAAGCAAACCACCACAACCGGCUAGUGAGUGAGACUGUAGACAGUUCAAGCAGAGCUAGAAUUUGUGGUGUUGUCAAAGAACGGGUAUUUAGGAAUGUUGAUAUUAAAGGUGGACAAUAUGGAAUUGAUGCAGCUCUUAUCACAGUCAAGGAUAGAGGGACCUAUGGGAUUCCAGCAGGAUUAGAUCCUCAAAGAUUGCGAGAUCUUAAGAUUACAGAAAAUAAAUUAACCUUUACUAGGGAGGCGUAUAUUGAAUGUAGUGAAGAUUUAAGCACUCAUGUUUUGUUCAAAUGUGGUAGGACGACUGGUCUCACAAAAGGGAUUGCCACUUUUGUAGGUGGGGCUGCUUACCAGCCUUGCACUGUGGAGUACUGUAGUGAUGUGGGUUGGACAUUUCAAGACACCCUUUCAUCCAUGGUAGAGGUAUGUGCACCUAGAACCAGCAGCAGUGCCAUGUUUGCUGACUGUGGAGACUCUGGUGCUGCAGUGUUCUAUUUAAAGAAUGGAAAACCCUAUAUAAUGGGAAUGGUGGUGGCCAGGACCUCCUAUUUCUCAGCCUUAGUGUCACCCAUUUGGCCAAUAUUAGAACAUUUUAACAUUGAAUCACCAAGAGAAGAGGAAGAUAUGGAAACUGAGUGAUCACCAACCGAAAUUCUGUGAGAGAGCCUUCUGAACACAUGGCUCAAUUUUCGGACAAGACAGUCUAGAAUUUCAUUUAAUUUUGGUAUAGACUGAAUGGUCAUACUUUCCUGAAGCAAUAUGGAAACGUGUUAAUGAAAUAUUAAAAAAGUGACAAUUUUUGUCAGAAAAUGGGAUUUUCAGGUUUAUCAUAAGUGAAAAAUCCUAAAUAGCUAGAACUCUGUGCAGUAUUGGUAGGAAGGAGCAUACAGUUUUUUUUAAAAUAAUUUUCAUAAUUCUGCAUGAUUGCUACAUUUAAGGACUAGUGGACUUUUAAAGUAACAGUACAUAGGGAUACUUACUACCUCAAAGCAUCUUAUUUUCCAUUCAAGUAGUAGCUAUUAUAUCAAUGACAUUAGGUCAAUUUUUACUUAAUAAUCCGGUUCAUAAAGUUGGUCCUUUGAGACAAUUUAAAGAUACAUACAAAGUCAAUUUU